AUGUCCAAAGACACGGAAGGGAAGAGCGAGAAGAUUAUGGAUAUGGAGUGUAAAGUGUUGUGGUACCCGGACUCGAAGAGAAACACACAGAUGGACAGGUUCAGGACACAGGUUAAUAAGGACUACGGACUUAAUCUGGCAAACUACAACGACCUGUAUCAGUGGUCGGUGGAGAAUUACCCAGAGUUCUGGGGGGAAGUGUGGCGCUUCUGUGGAAUCGUCAGCUCCAAAACAUACGAAGAGGUGGUGGAUGCGUCCAAACGGAUCUCAGAUGUUCCCGAGUGGUUUAAAGGUUCACGGCUCAACUAUGCAGAGAACCUGCUAAAACACAAAGACCAGGACAAAGUAGCGCUCUACGCUGCCACGGAGGCAAAUGAGGAGAUUGUGAAGGUGACGUUCGGGGAGCUGAGGCGGGAUGUGGCGCUGUUUGCUGCAGCCAUGAGGAAGAUGGGCGUCCAGACAGGAGACAGGGUCGUAGGUUACCUCCCCAAUGGUAUCCAUGCGGUGGAGGCCAUGUUAGCAGCUGCCAGCAUUGGAGCCAUUUGGAGCUCCACAUCCGUUGACUUUGGAGUCAACGGUGUCCUGGACAGGUUUUCUCAGAUCCAGCCCAAGCUGAUCUUCUCUGUCGCAGCUGUGGUCUACAACGGCAAAACACAUGAUCACAUGGAAAAGUUGACCAGCGUUGUCAAAGGUCUGCCAGACCUGAAGAAAGUAGUGGUGAUUCCCUAUGCUCGCUCCAAACAUGAAACCGACCUUUCCAAGAUCCCCAACAGUGUAUUUUUAGAUGACUUCCUGGCGUCAGGGCGGGGCGAGGGGGACCAGUUUCCCCAGCUGGAGUUUGAGCAACUUCCAUUCAGCCAUCCUCUCUUCAUCAUGUACUCCUCUGGCACCACGGGAGCUCCUAAAUGUAUGGUCCACUCUGCUGGGGGCACACUCAUCCAACACUUGAAGGAACACGUUUUGCACGGCAACAUGACCAGCAGUGACGUCAUCAUCUACUACACCACAACUGGCUGGAUGAUGUGGAACUGGCUGGUGUCUGCUCUGGCAGUGGGUGCCUCUGUGGUUUUAUAUGACGGUUCACCACUAAUGCCCACACCGAAUGUACUGUGGAACCUGACAGACCAGCUGGGCAUCACUAUCUUUGGUACCGGAGCAAAGUGGCUGGCUGUGCUGGAGGAGAGGAACCUGAAACCCGGGGAAACACACAACCUCCAGUCUCUCCACACCAUCCUGUCUACUGGUUCCCCUCUCAAACCCCAGAGCUACGAGUAUGUCUACCGCUGUAUCAAGAGCAAUGUGCUGCUGGGCUCCAUCUCAGGUGGUACUGACAUCGUGUCAUGUUUCAUGGGUCAGAACCCAACGGUACCGGUGUAUCGGGGCGAAAUCCAAACGAGAAACCUCGGCAUGGCUGUGGAGGCAUGGAGCUGUGAUGGUAAGCCUGUGUGGGGAGAGAGUGGGGAGCUUGUGUGUUUGAAGCCAAUCCCCUGCCAGCCUACACACUUUUGGAAUGACGAGAAUGGGAGCAAGUACCACAAAGCGUACUUUUCUACAUAUCCUGGUGUGUGGGCCCAUGGAGACUACUGCAAAAUCAACCCAAAGACAGGAGGCAUCGUCAUGCUGGGGAGAAGCGACGGGACACUGAACCCCAACGGAGUCCGCUUUGGCAGCUCGGAGAUCUACAACAUUGUGGAGGCAUUUGAAGAGGUGUCCGACAGCGUUUGCGUUCCCCAGUACAACACUGAUGGAGAGGAGCGGGUUAUUUUGUUCUUGAAGAUGGCUCCUGGUCAGGUCUUCCAUCCAGAGUUGGUGCAGAAGAUUAAAGGAGCCAUCAGGAAAGCGCUAUCUGCCCGACACGUACCUGCCCUGCUACUGGAGACCAGAGACAUUCCUUACACCAUCAGCGGUAAAAAGGUGGAGGUGGCUGUAAAGCAGGUGAUCGCUGGGCGGGACGUGACGCAAAGAGGAGCUUUCUCCAACCCUGAUUCACUGGACCUGUACAAGAACAUACCAGAGCUGCAAAACUACUAGUGACUAUGAACUGCGGAGCUGGAGAGAGGGAACUACCUAUCAAAAAUUCAGUUCAGUUUUUAAUUUAGUCAGCUUUAUUGAAACGAGGAGAGACAUGCAAAGGGCAUGACUCUAAUUUUGAGGGGCAUCCUCAUCAUUGUGCAGGGACACCCAAAAAAAAAAAAAAAAAAGAAAGGAAAAAAAAAAGAAAAUAGCAACUCCGUAGAUCAAAAUGAUACAACAUGAAAUAUAUAAUGAAUAAUGGUUAAUAUAUGUCAUCAAUCAGACUGGAGACUUUUGAAAGCAUAAGGUGCGCCGCUCUACAGCACCGGCCUGCAAUCAGGCUUCGAGUAGCAUUUUCCAGGCUGCCACAGAAAAUAGCGAUAGCAUGGCAAUACUGACGUUGAACUGGAUUCAGCCUGCCAUUUAUGCUUCGAAGCCGCUUAAAAACAACUGGGAGACAAGACCUAGCAUUAGCGGUUUGUUUUGGCUUGACAGUCUGGUUACUGAGAGCCAAGAAGGAACCGUGUCUUUCUCUCGUUAACCCUCCCGCUUGAACCCUUGUGUUGCUUCUGAGUGGGUCCAAGACUGAAAAUACAUGGAUGUAUACAGAUACAGACACAUUGCCUCCGCUUUGGCUCAUAUCACCGUAUCAUUUUUAUGUAAUGUGUUUUACUUUAUCAUGUAUAUACUAAUUUUGGACCUGUAAUAUUGCAGUAAUAUUAUAAUUAUGACAUUUAAAGACGCCUAAAGUAAACACCCAAAAUGGGUCAGGGUUUCUGGUGGGUCUUAUUGUGUCUUAGAGUUCUAGUUUAUUUAAAUGAAGCAAGAUCGCACAGUAAAACUAAACUUAAUGAAUCUAGGCGCCAAGCCGAAAAGGUUUAUCCACCCUCUUAUUUAUGACAUACCCUCAUCCUAACCCUAAUUUAACAAUGUGACCUUCGAUUUGGCCUCAGUCUGCCCAAGACAUCAAGACGUUUUAAGAGAUGUAAAUACACCUCAAGUGAAGGUUUCGGUACUCGUACUGUCUUAGUCUAUUUUGCUUUGAGGAAGAGACAUGAAUGAGUGUGCACACCUGCCUAAAUGUCAGUGCACACUGGUCAUUUGUGUCCACUAUUUGUGUCCUUCUAUGUGCAAUAUUUAAGCCACCAUUUCAGUCAGAAAGGGGUUUUGAUGGAGAGCAGCCAAACCCCUCCACAUCCACAUCCACACACACACACACACACACACACACACACACACACACACACACACACACUAACAUUUCGUGUUCAACACAGCUCACUUUAAAGGCAAACCGCAAGUUUUUCAAGGGAACAUUUGCCUUAGAAACAGCUUUGCUGAUGUACCUGGAGUGAUUUCUUGGGGAAUAUGAGCGCAUCUUCUAGUUGGCAACUGUCAACACUCCUGUAAAGUAAAGUUAGUCUGAGAGCAAAAGCUCAAACAUUUUCUGAGUUCUAAAAAACUCAGCGUCCUACAGCAAAUUUAUCUGCGUCCACACGCCGGCAAACUUGUUUUGUUAAACUGGGAGCUGCAGUGGAGCCUCCUGUCCCAGGCUUGUGGGGCACAUAGGCUCAAGAGAACAUUUGCCUAUUUAAAUAGCCACUAAAAUAUAUACUGAUGGCCCCAAUUCUGUGAACAUACCACUAGCAAUCCUAUAAACCAGUUUAGUUACUGAAAGCAUAUAAGCUUUAUUUGACUCCCCUCAAUUCCUUGUCUUUUGGCACAAAAAAAUGGGCUGUAACUAAACCUUUAAGUGUCACCACCUGUCACCACUGGAAAUACCACCGUCACUACAGCCAGCAGUGCAGUGAUGUGGCUGACAGUGAUCUUGUGAGUCCUUCUUUCAGCCAUAAACAUGCAGAGCAUAAAACUGUUACACUAACUGAUCAUUAUUUUGAUCUUAUGAUGAGAGAAUAAUCUUAUUUUCUCCUCACCCGAUAAAUUAUUGUAAGAAGGAUAUAGGCUCUAUAUAUUUAUUUGUUCACAUGAAAAGUAUUUAUUGCAAAAUUACGGAUCACAAUACUAAAUUAACACUCUAGAAAUAUCUAUAUAUUUUUACUUUUGUCCAGACAUUUUGCAGCCCACCCAAAAUGAUCUCAAGAGCCUUGUGGUGUCUUGACCACCCCAGCUGGACGGUGACAUGGCACACAGAUGGGUAUAACAGGAGUGUGUGUGCUUGAGUGUACUUGUUUAUCUAAGUGUGUGCGUGUCGGAGGGGUGUGUAGAAGCCAGUCAUUUUGACAGACAUCUACUUUAAAAAUAAACUUGGCGGUUUUGAAACUCCCUGUAACCCUGUUUUUAAGUGUGAACGCUCCGUCUUGCCAGCCAGCCAAACUUCACAACAGAGAGUUGAGUCGAAGAUACCAAAAUAGAAAAACGGAGUCGGUUAGAGUCCAGUUCUUUAAUGUAAAAGCCCAGCUCAACUAGUAAUCUUUUUAUCCCCCCCCACCCUCAGUCACUCUAAUGUAAUAAAGACAGCUUGAAAGGAGCAACACUUCAGGGGGAAAGAUGUUUUGCUGGCAUCUUGUCAGCUUGCAGAAGGAGAAAGGAGGAGAAGGUGUUGGUGCUACAGAUAAGCAAAGACUAAGAGGGGAGGGAGAUAUAGGAUAGACAAAUAUAAAGCUCGACAGAGUUUGCCCAAAUGAAACACACAUUAAAUGCUGCUAACCAGCUUAUAAACAUAAAUAGCAAGCGCCACGUAGCUCGGAUGCAUUCCCCGAGAAAGCAUGUCUGUCUCUCGCAUGAAUCAUCCCAGUAGCCUCAUAACUGCAAAUCGCGGGCCAGAAAAUGACUUUGUUAAUGAUUCGAUUGUCCACCCUACCUACCGAGGACGUGCAAUCAAUUCGGAAUGUAAAUUGGCACGGCGCAGACUGACGAUUAACAGCUCAUUCUCGGUUAUUUUGUGACACAUGAAAUGCGACUUCACAGGGGAAAACGAGUGUUUCUUCUGUAUCGAAGAAAAAUAACACGCUUAAUUGGCUGAACUGAAAGGCCAUUGACCCGCCCCCAGCAGACGAGUCGACUGUGCAGCAAGGCAGAAUAGGAAAUGCCACUUGGAGCGACUUUAGAGUGGGUUUAACAGCACAGAUUACACCUACUUGUGAAUGCACGGUGGAAGGGGGAUUUUCAUUGAGUGCCGGGUUCAUGAACACUUCAUGUAGGGGCAUGUCGAGAAACCCUUUGGCGUUCCCUUACAGUUAUAGUGUAAAGAACCUCAAAAAGGUUAAUUGAAGCCCUUAAGAGUGUAAAGCGUGCAGCAAACACUCGGUGUGAAUUUUCUACACCUCACUUCAGGCUCCGGUGAGCUCGCCAUGCGUUCCUUGUUUAUCCCUCCACCUUCUAGGUAGGAAACCUUCCCACUCUCCAGUUUUCCAGAACAUGUUUUUAUUACUAAUGCUGCUCAGUGUGUUGUCCUGUUGUGUCCAAUCGACCAUGCCCCCUAUUAUUUUCAGAUGGGGCCAUGUUCACUUAAGUGCAACCCACCCCUCCCUCCAGCCCCCGACGGGAGUCUUGUUAUAUCUAAAUUGGGUCCCAAAGCGACCGUCUGCUGCGAGGCUGCUCGCCACAUCAAUGAAGAGAUUCCUUGCGCUCGCUUUCUGAGUGAACGUCUGGCUGACAGGAACGUACGGGAGGCAUGUUUAAUCAUGAAGUGAAAAUGAGGCAUGUUACCCGCACUCUGUCAUAUUUAAAUCUCUGGAAUGAAAGGAGUCCUCCGUUUAGUCUGUUCAAAAGAGGCAGGAUCACCACAGGGAUUUCAGGAGAAGAAGGGGUGUUUUAUUUAUUCGACAGGCCACCGGUACCAUGGAGAAUUGGCUGAGCAAGCGGGGUCAACCGGUACUGACAGGCAGAGAGGGAAAGAAUCAUUCUUGAUGUUUAGGCACGUUGGAUUUAAGCUAGCUCACAGCACCGGGUGGACAGGGUUUCCUUCCAACCAGUAUUGGUGCCAAAGUACGAACAACUCCGCCCACCUGCAAUGGUUAGCAACAUAAAUCAAACGCAGCUCGUCACAUUCCUGGAAAAUUCUUGUCUUCCAAUGGUUUGUUUUAUUUUAUCUUUUUUUUUUUUUUUUUUUUUUUUUUCUCUUUUGUAAGAAGAGACCAUCCUCUGGAGGGAAAUAUGGAAGGUUGAGGGACAAAUGGUGAGGUUUUAAAUGUUUCCGUUCAUCUCUAGUUUAAUUUGUGUAUAUUUUUUAAACAUUUUAAUCAGUAAAGGUACAUUUGUGUUUGUUCUGUUUAAUGUUAUUUUAUUGCUCUUUGGAAAAAAAUAUGUGUUAAUCAGACUGUACAGUGGGGUUUGUGAAUAAUGUAUGGAUGGAUAUAAUGUGCUGUCUCUCUAGGGUAUGCCUGAAGAGUAUGUAUGGUCAUUAUUAUUAAUAAGACAACCACAGAGAGAUGCAUAUAUUAUUCAGUUCAGUAGCUGUUUAGUGAUCAAAAUAAAGUGGCUUUAACAACCGAA